AUGGUAACUGUCUCCUAUUUGAGACAGAGGUCUGAGCUGGAGUGUCAGCACCGAUGGAACCAGGUGGAGAACCCGGAGCUAGUGAAAGGGCCCUGGAGCCACGACGAGGACCAGAAGGUGAUUGAGUUGGUGAACAAGCAUGGAGUGAAACGUUGGUCCAUCAUCGCCCAACACCUCCAGAGCCGCAAUGGGAAACAGUGCCGUGAGCGCUGGCACAACCACCUCAACCCCACAGUCAACAAGAGCAGCUGGACCCCUGAGGAGGACCACAUCAUCUGCCGCACCCACCGCCUCAUGGGCAACCGCUGGGCACAUAUCUCCAAGCUACUGCCAGGGAGGACGGAUAACGCCAUAAAGAAUCACUGGAACUCAACAUUGAAGAGGAAGGUAGACAGAAACGGAUACCUGAGGAUGCAGCCCAACGCUUUCCUCAGCUGCUCCUCCUCUUCAGGCUCCUCUUCAGGCUCCUCUUCAGGCUCCUCUUCAGGCCCCUCUUCCUCAGCCUCCUCCUCCCGUGUGUCGGAGCGCAGCAAGAGGCGCAGGGACCAGGACAGAGGACAGAGGUCAUGGAGACAGGUUCACUCUGUCUCCACAAAGAGGAACAUGUCCAGCACAUGUGAUCAUAGUGCCCUGUGCUCCACGUGCGCGCUCUCCUGCUCCACGUGCGCACCCUCCUGCUCCAUGUGUGCGCCCUCAGAUCUGAACUCGUCCCUGAGCGCCUGUGAGCUGAGUAUGCCCAUGGAGCUGACCGAUGUGUCGGGUCAUGACCUGCAGCAAGUCGCAGACUGGAGCCACACCCCUAAUGACAUGAUAUCACCAAUGAAGCAGCCAAUAGCGUGUGAGGACUCUGACUCCACCAUCACAGACUGGAGCCACAGCUACAUCGUCGGCAUCAAAGAACAGCUCCACUCUGAAGACACCAACAGAAGCAACCUGCUGGGGGCGCCCUUCUCUCCCUCUGAGCUGCUGAAUGUGUGUUCUGUGGAGGACCUGAAACUCUGCCCAGCUAUGACCUCCACGCCACUGAAACACGCCGCUCUGAUCCGGACUCCAGAUGGCCCGGAACAACCAGAUACCAGCCUGGGGACACCUGCUGAGCUCAGGGAGAGGAUCAGAGCUCUGUUGAUGUCAAUACUGCAGACCCCCACCCCCUUGAAGGCCCUGCCCCCAGAGCAGGAGUGUGAGGAGACCAGCGCUCAGAGAGAACAGUCCAACAGCCAACAGUCGACAGGCAGCUGCUCUGAGGAUGUCUCCGGGGUCUGA